UUCAGCAAUCUUUAGUUUUACCAAACCAUUUCAUCAAACGACGCAUUCACUUCUUUACAUUGUAAUUGUAAUUGCUUCACAAAAUGAGUGAAGUUCACCAAUUCAGCGACGCUGAGGAGGACGUUGAAGAACUGUUAAAAUCGGAGUGGGUUGAAGAUUUAAAAAAGCUGACAAUUAAUAAUCAAAUAUUUAAGGACAUCAAAUUAAGUGAAAUAGAUGCUAAGGACGAUUUACACCAAGCUAAACUUAUAGAAGAUCCAGAAGCUGCAGAGUCUGAAGAAGACGAAAACGAUGAAUAUGAUUAUGAUGAUUUAAGCGGCGGCGAUGACGAUUGCUAUGAUGCAUAUGAGGCGGCCUAUAGCGGUUUCAACAAACACAAUGUGCACCCGCAAUUGACAGCCGCUAACACCACGAGCAGUUUGACUACAGCACGUGGAAGUGGAACUCAACGUGUCAGUAACUAUCAACCUAACGAGAAACUGCUGCGCCGCUAUUCGGCACGGAUUAAUGUUGAGAAAUAUGAUCCUACGACGAACAUGAGCGCACAAGCGGCUAAUCGGCUGGCGAACUUCGAUCGUCGUCAAAAAACGGAACGAGAGCGCGUACGUGACAAACAUGAUCGUGCGACGGCGGAGCAGGUGAUGGAUCCACGAACGCGAAUGAUACUGUUCAAGUUGCUGAAUCGCGGCUUCAUACAGGAGAUAAACGGCUGCAUAUCAACUGGAAAAGAAGCGAAUGUGUACCAUGCUAUAUCCAAGGAUGGCGACGAGGAGUUUGCCAUAAAGAUAUACAAGACCUCCAUAUUAGUGUUUAAAGAUCGCGACAAAUAUGUGUCGGGUGAGUUCCGCUUUCGACACGGCUACUGCAAGCACAACCCAAGAAAAAUGGUGCGCACCUGGGCCGAAAAGGAGAUGCGCAACUACCUGCGAAUGCGUAACGCCGGAGUACCAGUUCCUGAGCCUAUCCUAUUGCGUUCCCAUGUACUCGUCAUGCGUUUCUGUGGGCGCGACGGCUGGCCGGCGCCCAAGCUCAAGGAUGUCGAGCUAACCACAUCGAAGGCGCGUGAGCUAUACCGUGACUGCGUGGUCAUCAUGUGGCGCAUCUACAAUCAGUGCCGCCUGGUGCAUGCCGAUCUCUCCGAGUUCAAUAUACUGCUGCAGGAUGGGCAGCUUAUGAUAAUAGAUGUUAGUCAGUCAGUGGAGCACGACCAUCCUCAUGCUUUCGACUUUCUGCGGAAGGACUGCUGCAACAUAUCAGAAUUCUUUCGCAAAAAGUCAGUGGCCACCAUGACUAUCAAAGAGCUCUUCGAUUUUAUAACGGACAAAACGAUAACGGAGAAAAACAUGGAACAGUGCCUUGAGCGCAUCUCGGAACAGAUAAAGGAUCGUGAUUUUGAUGCCAUAACGGCACAAGAGAAGAUCGACGAGGCUGUGUGGCAAAACACCUACAUUCCCAAGCGCUUGGACGAGGUGCGCCAUUUCGAGCGCGACGUUGCCAAAGCUAAGCAGGGCGUACAACAAAAUCUCAUUUAUGGCAAAAUAGCAGGGCUAACGCCGACGCUUGAUGUACAAAAACAGCCUGAAAUUUUGGAUGCAGAUUCCAGUGACGGUGAAUCCAGCCACGAGGAGGAAGAAGAGGCAUCUGAAUCUGAAGAUGGGGACUCAUCCAAGUUCACGAGCUCGGCACGCCCAAGAGGUGAGUCGCCUGAUAGCAGGAAAGCCCGCAAAAAAGCAGUGAAGGCAGCCAAGGCAGAGCAGCGUAAAGUCAAAGUGAAAAAGCAUGUGAAAAAGCGAAAGGAAAAAGUGGGCAGCAUGAAAAAGUAGCUAAUUUCUAAUAUUUCCUAGCUAUUGUAAGUAUUGUAUAAAACAAUAAAAAUGUGUAUAUAUUAAUGCAAUGCUA